UGCAAUGAAGUUGUAUAAUUUGGGCUGUGCCGACUUGUUCAGAUGCGUCUUCUGUCGGAACCUGUCUAAUGAUCCGAAGAUUAUGUCUUGCAUGCAUACUGCUUGUCUAGACUGCCUUCAGAAAAAUUUCGACGCGCAGUCUUCGCAGAUUAAAUGUAAUGGAUGUGAUGCGGUCAACACUGUCAAAAAUAUCGAUGCUUUUGGGAAUCAUGAUUAUGUACGCAAUGUGCUGACUAUUCUGAGCUCUACAGAUAAGUCUGAGAACGUAUUUGUCGAAUGUCCGUCGUGUGAGGCUGAAAUCCACGAGAACACUCUGAUGUUCACGUGUCUAACCUGCAGUCAAUCACGUGAUCAAGGCAGAGGGGACUCCCGUCCUCCGCCUACUUCCAACUUUGUGAGCAUUCUGGAGACUGGUCAUAAACUGACUGCCAGAACUGUCAUGUGCAGUCAGUGUUUCGAUCAUCACUGCCUUCAGAACAAGGGUCAUGCAGUAUUUGCUUGCGUCGCAUCCAGCAGUGGCCAGUUUCUCUCCCAAGCGUCAUCGAGACUAGCCAAAUGCAGGAAGCACAAGGAACCUCUGGUUUCAUUUUGUCUGAAAUUGAAGCGACCGAUGUGUGAUGCAUGUCUUACUAGCCAUAACAUCUCAGGUCACAGUCACUUGACAGGAGUGGAGUUAAAAUGUCACGUGAAGAGCAAAGUGGAAUGUGGUAAGAGGUUCCAGGCCAAUAUACAUGCGUAUAACAAACGAAUGGAGAAUUUGAAGAAAGGGUUGGACGCUGAAAAGGAAAGCAACGCUCAAAACGCGAGAAAGUUGUUCCAAAAGCUGCACGACAUUCUGAAGAAAAACGAGGACGAUUUGAUCAAGCAGCUGGACGAAGUCUACACCAGUAAACUAUCAGAGCUGAAUAGCAUUGAGGAGCAAGGAAGUUUCUUCGCAAAUUUGGGAGAUCGUCUCACACAGACUGCCUCUGAUCUGCUGUGUCUCUCAAGUGAGAACGAGAGCUAUUCGUUCGUCACUGCAAUCGACACAGUGGCCAGUCAACUCACCCAGUUCUCAGCUGGGCUGGAGGAAGAAGUGCGCCAGAUUCUGAAGUCGAAGCCUAACAUGAACUUCAAGAAGAGAUUAUUCGAAGACUUCGUCAAUAUUCAGUAUGUUAGUGUGGAAGAUGGGCCCUCGAAGUUUGUGGACAGUAUCUGCUGCUCUCUUUCUGAAGUGCCGGAGUCCAGACUCACCCAAAUCACCAUUGCAAGUGAUAUUCUGAGUCAGAAUAAAAACAUCGAAGUUAAUGCAGAGGAAUUCAAGGUUGAACUGUCGAUGCCGGGUAAUAUGCCAAUCAAUGUCCCUGUGCAGUCAAAAGAAACUGAGGAGCUCUCUGAAUCUGGAGAACAAGUAAACAAUGUCAAAUUCAUUGCCCUCGUAGACCCGAAUGUCGUGGGUGCUGGCAUCUACAACCUGAAGGUCUACCACAAGUUAGAUUUGAUCCAAGCUUGUCCAGAUGUCAUCAACGUGUAUCCGAAAUACGACUCAGAUCUCUCAGUUAGAAAAGGUGUGCUUGAUGCCUUCGGUAGGCCUCAGCGAUAUUGGUGGAGUGCCAAUGUCUUUACCAUGAUAAAGGAUAUCAGCAGCUACAAGCACUUCAGAAUAUGCAAGACACUCAAAGAGAAGUGCGACGUAAACGGAUCUUGGACAAGUUCGACGCCCGAAGAACCUGUGAGUUACCGUCCAUUUGCAACCAGCAGUCCUUCUCCCGACGAUGACAUUGAACUUCUACCAGACGAAGAUUUAUCGCCGGUCAGCGAACAGGCCAAUGGGAGAGGUUUGCAUGCUAUGGCAUUCGACGAGGACGAAUCUGUGAUUGGAUUGACGAACGAAUACGAUGACAUGGUCGAACAAAUUCAUGCUCUGGAUCUAGACACAGAAGCGCACAUGGUCACUAUAAAUAAUAUUAAAGGAUUCGAAUCGUCAAAUGGCUAUGAAAGUAAUGCUGUUCCCAAAGCAAGAAGAAUCAAGAACAGGCCAAAAGAAUCUUCGGGCUUAGAAAACAACUCGUUUGCCGAAAAUUUAGUCAAUGACAGCUAUUACAAUCAUUUCUGCGAGCGGUUCAAGUUUCCGCUUGUCCCAGGUGCAACUGUGCGGGUCGAGAAACUUUUCACGCUUGGUGUCAGAGGCAAAAAUAAUUCAAAAGAGGGACACUUUCAGUAUCCUAUUGGAAGUGCAGUUUCGGGGAAAGGGGAAAUACUGGUGUGCGAUCAUGGCAAUAACAGGGUGCAGAUAUUUGAAGCCACUGGGAGGCUCAAGUGUGUUGCGGGAAAGGGCAUUCUGGAUAGACCUAGUGCAGUAGUUUGUGCGGAGAAUGGCGGGUUUGCGGUACGCGCAGAUAAUGGUGUCUAUUUCUUCGAUAAGGAUUGCAACAACUUGCCGGAGAGAAAUCUGAAAUCAAAAUCAGUCAAAUUCUGCUACGGAUUGGCGGCUUGUGGGUUAGAUGAGCUUAUGUUCGUGGAUACUAAUCGAGCAAAAGCCUCUCUGGUCCGACUCAACUGGGAGGGCAAAUUGGUAUCCACGGUUCCAUUCCAGCCACUCACUGGAGCGAACAAACCCUCUAAUUCCAAAUGUCGCUUCAUGGAUGUGUAUCAGGACAAAGUGUACGUGUCGGAUUUAGGAGCCUCAAAAAUAUACGUCACAAAACUGAACGGAGAAAUUUUGAAUACAUUUGGAACGUUUGGAUCUAAAAUGGACCAGUUGAAUGAACCGGCCGGUAUCAAGUGCACUGAUGGCUUCAUUCUGGUUUCAGACAGUAAAAACCACCGGCUCAAGGUAUACGAUCAAUUCGGAAACACGCUCUCGCUGCUGAGUUUCCCUCAUGGAGAUUUCAUCCGACGUCCUUCCGACAUUUGCUUCGGAUCCGACGGAGUGCUCGUCGUGAACUCAUUUCUCACUCACGAAGUAUUCGUUUACAGACUAAAAGCUUCCUGUCCAUCAGUGUACUGAACAAUUGCAAUAAAGAGAUCAUUAAAAAUUGUGCUUAGCAAAGCAGUGAUAUUGUUUCUUUGUUGAUGAAGUUGAUUUAUUAUUUUGUCUUUAACGUUAUCUUGCUCUACCUCCUAGGAUGAACUGAUUCAAUUUUCCAGGUGUUUUUCAAGUGUCAAUGAGCGAAGUGAAGUCCAUUUUUUAGGUCGUUUUUUUACGAAAUGAAGUAUAAAAUUUGCUCAGGCUUAAAUUUG